UUCUCCAACAGUUCCCGGAAAGUGGUGCCAAGGGAAAGCGCCAAUACGCUUUCCUGCGAGUUGACUACAACACCCAGAAUGCUUUGCUUCCCUACCUUUGCGAGGUUGCGCCAGGGCACCGGCCGCUGCGCAAGCAUAAAGAGAUACACAAUUUGAGGACUUCAUUGUCCAGCAUGCAUUGCCUUCAGGAGGACUCCUUCUUCCGUCGAGGGUUGUCGAGUUCUCUGAUAGGACUCUAAGGGAACCACAGACUCCGUUACCCAGUUUCCUUUGUGCGACGGCUGUUGCGUACUUCCGGUGGAAGCGCCGAGGCGAGGGGGCGGGGUUUACCGAUCCAGUGGGCGGUAGGCGGCGCUACCGGUGUCUGGGUGCUGUCCAAAGGCGACUAGGCGUCGUUGGAGGAGUGAGCUGUGACUGGUUGUGCUGCACGUAUCGUGGGACAGAGCUUCGGACACUGUUGUCGACGUGUGGUCUCCCCUUGAUGUCGGCCCUCGAAAAAAGCAUGCACCUCGGCCGCCUACCCUCUCGCCCUCCUCUGCCCGGCAGCGGGGGCAGUCAGAGCGGAGCCAAGAUGCGGAUGGGCCCUGGACGGAAGCGGGACUUUUCCCCUGUCCCAUGGAGUCAGUACUUUGAGUCAAUGGAAGAUGUGGAAGUGGAAAAUGAAACUGGCAAGGAUACUUUUCGAGUUUACAAGAGUGGUUCCGAGGGUCCAGUCCUGCUGCUUCUCCAUGGAGGAGGCCAUUCUGCCCUUUCCUGGGCAGUGUUCACGGCAGCAAUCAUCAGUAGAGUACAGUGUAGGAUUGUAGCUCUAGAUCUCCGAAGUCAUGGAGAAACUAAAGUCAAGAAUUCUGAAGACCUGUCAGCAGAAACAAUGGCAAAAGAUGUUGGCAAUGUGGUUGAAGCCAUGUAUGGGGACCUCCCUCCUCCAGUCAUGCUGAUCGGGCACAGCAUGGGUGGUGCCAUUGCAGUGCACACAGCAUCAGCCAACCUUGUGCCAAGCCUCUUGGGCCUCUGUAUGAUUGAUGUUGUGGAAGGUACAGCCAUGGAUGCACUUAACAGCAUGCAGAAUUUUUUGCGUGGUCGGCCUAAAACCUUCAAGUCUCUGGAGAAUGCUAUUGAAUGGAGUGUGAAGAGCGGCCAGAUUCGAAACCUGGAGUCUGCCCGAGUCUCAAUGGUCGGUCAAGUCAAACAAUGUGAAGGAAUUACAAGUCCAGAAGGCUCCAAGUCCAUAGUAGAAGGAAUCAUAGAGGAGGAGGAAGAAGAUGAAGAAGGAAGUGAGUCAGUAAACAAGAGGAAAAAGGAAGAUGACAUGGAAACCAAGAAGGACCAUCCAUACACCUGGAGAAUUGAACUGGCAAAAACAGAAAAGUACUGGGAUGGCUGGUUCCGGGGCUUAUCCAAUCUCUUUCUUAGUUGUCCUAUUCCUAAACUGCUGCUUUUGGCUGGUGUUGAUAGAUUGGAUAAAGAUCUGACCAUAGGCCAGAUGCAGGGGAAGUUCCAGAUGCAGGUCUUACCGCAGUGUGGCCAUGCAGUCCAUGAGGAUGCCCCUGACAAGGUAGCUGAAGCUGUUGCCACUUUCCUGAUCCGGCACAGGUUUGCAGAGCCCAUCGGAGGAUUCCAGUGUGUGUUUCCUGGCUGUUAGUGACCUGAUGUCCACCCCCUCUCUACCUUGAGCUCUGUUGUAAAUACAUCGCACCAGAGGCCACUGUGAUGCCGCUGUCUCCUCCUCACCAUCCCACCCAGCCAUGUGACACUGGCUCCCUGUAGAGGGGCAUCCCAAGAUGUACAAACCCUUUCUGUAUACCUGUCAAAAGCAUUGUUUUCCAGGGCCCUUGUCCAACAGUGGCCUGUGUAGUCUGGGGUUCCCAGCUCUUCCCCUCCCCUGUGCUCCCUGCCUUGCCUAGGGUAAGCCACCAGAGCUGUUCCUGGGGCCCCUGUUCCUGGUAUCCGGCAAUGUACCUGGGUUCAUAUGUCUCCCCAGGCUCAGGGAUCUCCAUUCCUUGAGGAUGUUCUUGGCAUGGUCCUGCCCUACCUCAUGGAAUGGGCAAUGCACACACUGGCCCUUAUUUUUCCCUUUCAAAUAAAACACCAGUCAGGUACCUUUAUCCCAGUCUUAACUGUUCCAAGUCUGGAAGAGCCAGAGUGACCAAGGUUCCAGCCUUAGUUCAGGGAGAGGUAAUAGAUAGGAAGCAUCCCAAGAGACCUGCCUGUAAGCCAGGUCCAGCCAGUCCAAGCACAUGGCUUCCCAUCCGGGUGAGCCUACCGUCCCACUCCCACAUGCCUGGGCACCUGCCCUGGGCUGAGGCCAGCUGCUCCAAGGGUCUCACGAGCCCUCAUCUGCCACAGAGGAGCCCAGGUGAAACACAGCCCACGCACAAAACCACAGGCUAAAUCCUGUGGAAUUGUUUUUAAUGAUCGAAUUUAACCAUUUUCAUAGUUGGUUCCUGAAGGUGUGCCAAGUGCCGCUGCCUCUUCUAGACCCUCAGCUUCUCGCUCCACUUGUGGUUUCCAUGUUACUAUGUAGAAACGUCAUGGACUAGCAUCUCCAGUCUGCCCUCAUCAUAGCACUGCGGCCUCCCCCUGCUGCCCAGGCACGCCAUUUCCACGGGCAGGGAGGGGCAGCCCCCUGAAGCCCAUCUUUCUGUGACUGUCGUAGGUGACAUUUAGCCCUCUUCACCUUUCACCCAACAACUUCCUACCCCUGUCCUGCUGCACGGUCCAGAGUCUGGGACCGACUUUGUUUCUUUGUUAUUUAUGAUCCGGUUUAAAGAAAAUAAAUAUCUCCCAACCUUUA